GCCAAAACCUAAUAUCAAGGAAACCGACUGGAAAUGGCAAGCAAUACCGGCACCUCUUGGAAAACAACCAUUAUAAUCAGCGCCUCGCCCCAGUGUGAUGAACCCUCGAAGAUUCUUCUGGCGCAGCAGCACAGGAUUCGCCGCUCGGACACCAUCCUGUCCUCUGCCUUUGUUUUCCCCAUGUCAGGAACGGCUUUCUUGCUGGUCACACCCGAGGAGUUUCCAGCUAAGCUUGAGAAUUCAGAAUUUUUUGAAAGAAUUGAGAGGUUUGUGCAGGUCCAUAGAAAUAGUUUUCUUCUGCUUCAAGCCCCAGUCUACGGAAAAAGGGAGUGGGAGAUUUUAUCAUCCGUGCAAAACAGCAGAUUUCUUGGCUGUAACCUCAGAGUCAUACCUGUGCACAGUACUGCUGAUGUAGUGAAGGGAAUGCUGGUCAUUGCUAAGGCCACAAGUAAACCCAAUGUGUCGAAUUUGAGCGAUCAGAUGUCUUUGGCUUGUACUUACAUCACUGAUCACAGCCAAGUUUGGGGGAUGCUUCAAGAGAUGCAGUUCUAGUUAGAUUUACUAUAUGUUCCUCUCAAUUCAGGUUCUUGUUGCUUGCUAUACUUGUUUUAAACAAUAGAUGUCAGUAUUGUUUCAUAGUAAGUUGUGUCAAAACCAACGUGCCAUUCACACCUUGUUGUUAAGCCUUUUGAAAACACCUUCUUUCAAAAGAAUUAUGAACUAUU